AUGCGCAAGGACAUGUGGAUUUUAAUCAUGGUAAGCAUCGCCAAAGUCAGCUACUUCCAACACAGAUACAUGCAACUAUCGUGCAAGAAAGACUGGAGGUCCGCCAACGCACCUGCUUCGACUUUCAGAGUGAGGACCUUGAUGGUUAAGCUAGUGCGGAGAACCUUGAUGGCCAGCUUGCGGGCCAAUGAGAGCCCGAAUAGAUUGGCACAAAAUCUGAUGGCGUGGGGCACCCGCGCCGAGCUAGCGCGACGGACCAAGGAUAGAAUGAGGUGGGAUGUCUUGACGUUGCGAGGAAUGCGCUCGUUAUUUGAUAUUCAUCCAAUGGUGAGGGAUAUCGCCGAUAUUGCUGGUAUUGCUCGAAAGGGGCAAAACACCGACAUAGAUAAACCAUAA